AUGGCAUUUAUGGGUGAUAUGAUAAAUCCAUUACCUUUUUGGCAAAAUGGUCCUGCUCCAGCUGCUUUUUACAACUUUCCUGGAAAUUCAAGUAAUGGACCCAUUGGACAGAGUACUCAGGAUUUUAAAGCUCAUUCAGCCAAUCCUAUAACAACGACGACAACUGUAAUUGGCUUGAAAUUUGACAAAGGAUGUGUGAUUGCUGCUGACACCCUUGGGUCGUAUGGAUCUUUGGCCCGAUUUAGAGAUUGCCCCCGAGUGCUGAAGGUUAAUGAUUUAAUUCUCCUUGGCUCUGGGGGAGAUUAUGCCGAUUAUCAAUAUUUAAGGGACAUAAUUGAACAAAAAAUUAUUGAUGAACAGUGCAUAGGUGAUGGACUACAGUUGAAGCCCAAAUCCUUGUACUGCUGGCUGACUCGUGUCCUAUACAACAAACGCAGCAAAAUGGACCCAUUGUGGAACAAUUAUGUAGUUGCUGGAAUUCAGGAUGGUGAGCCUUUCUUAGGAGCAGUGGACAAACUAGGUACAGCAUAUGAAGAUGCAACCAUUGCAACUGGAAUGGGUGCAUACAUGGCAACCCCAUUAUUACGUGAUGCACUUGAGAAAGGACCAUUAGAUGAAGAAUCUGCUAAGGCUUUGGCUCGCAAGUGCAUGGAAGUUCUGUUUUACCGUGAUGCUCGCUCUUUCCCUCGCUAUCAACUUGGGGUAGUAACAGCCGAUGGAGUUAUUGUUGAAGAUCCUGUAGAACUCAAGCAUGACUGGACUCUCGCUCACAUGAUUCAAAUGAAG